UUUGAGUUCCUCCUGGACAACAGCUUGCUGGAAAAGCAUCUGCAGAAACCCAACGCCGACCCUUCGCCGGUGCAGCUCAUCAUUCAGUUCUUGGAGCAGGCAUCCAAGCAGUCAGUAAAUGAGCAGAAUCAGGUGCAGGCCCCAGCAGAUAAUCGCAGGAACCGCACCCUAAAGCUGCUGGCGCUUAAAGUAGCUGCACACAUGAAAUGGGAUCUGGACGUCCUUGAGAAAGGGUUGACCAUCCCGGUGUUGAACAUGUUGUUGAACGAGCUGCUGUGUGUGAGCAAAGUGCCGCCUGGGGUGAAGCAUGUGGACCUGGACCUCUCCACCCUGCCACCCACCACUGCCAUGGCUGUUAUCAUCUACAACCGCUGGGCCGUCAGAACUAUUGUGCUGAGCAGCUUU